CGUCAACGGCAUAGAAUCAAUGGAAGAGCGGUUGCUCUGGAAACCGACAGUUCUUCAAGAAUGACCAUUUCCCCCAUCUAACAACCUCGCGAAGUAGUUCCGGAGAACCAUAGACGGCAAAUCCACGGCGGAGACGGCGGAGAAUAAGGAAAAAGCUGGCGAACGCGUAAUUCAAUCUGUAAAUCGAUCUCGAUAGAGAGACGGAGAGAGGGAGAGAGAGAGAGAGCUUGUUGUUGUUGCUGGGCGCAUGGAGACCGCACAGCAGCCCAAUGGAGGAGCCCUAUCUGGAGAUAAUCUCUCAUCCCUGUCGUCGUCCCCCGCAGCCGUCGUCUCGCAGUGGACGUUCGCCGUCACGCGGCGGUACCAGCACAUGCUGGACAAGACGGUGCCGCACAUCUGGUACCGGUGGAUCGGAUGCUUUCUGGCCGCUCUAAUCUACGGAUUGCGCGUCUACUUCGUUCAGGGAUUCUACAUCGUUACCUACGGCCUCGGAAUCUACAUGCUCAACCUGUUGAUUGGAUUCCUCUCGCCGCAGAUUGACCCGGAGGUCAGCGACGGCCCCUCGCUCCCCACGCGCGGAUCCGAUGAGUUCCGUCCCUUCGUCCGACGCCUCCCCGAGUUCAAGUUCUGGUACUCUAUUACCAAGGCUUUCUGCAUAGCGUUUCACAUGACAUUCUUCGCGGUGUUUGAUGUGCCUGUGUUCUGGCCGAUACUUCUAUUCUACUGGAUCAUGCUGUUUAUCCUCACAAUGAGAAGACAGAUUAUGCAUAUGGUCAAAUACAAAUAUGUUCCUUUCUCUUUCGGCAAACAGCGAUAUGAUGGGAAGAAGACACCAUCAAGUGAUAACCUGACUAGGGAUUGAAUGCCUCGGGUAUAACUUCUCUAUAUCAUGCCCUAGAUGAAGCAGGAAACCUACUUCCUUCUGAAAUUUGAUUGACAAAUUACAACAAGCUCUGAGUUGUUUCUUGUGGAUCCUUUCCUUCUGCAGGUUGAGAAUCUAGAGAGGGUGGAAAAGCAGGGUUGUUCCUAGACAUUGAUCGAGGGGUCUAAUUUUGGUU